AUGAAUAUGAUGAUCGAUUCAAGUUCCAAAACUAAUAAUAAUAAUAAUAAUGAUGAUCAUUUUCAUCAUCAACAUGAUCAUCAUGAUUCUCCAUUUGCAUAUGUAACAAUUGUAACGAAUAAUCUGCAAGCAAUAAAUGCAAUUAUAAUGGCCAAUUCAUUAUAUUAUUAUAAUAAUCAUAAUUUAACUAUUUAUCAUGAUGAUGAUGAUAAUCAAGAUGGUAAUAGUAGAAUAUUCAAUAUUCGAAAACAUUAUCGUAUACCAUUGAUUGUAUUCAUCAACAACAAUUGUGAUCAUCAACAGGAACAUAUUGAUCAUAAAAUUCUUGUAUUGAUUAACAAAUUUUUCGAUCAGGUGAUUGAAUUAAAAUCAAAUGAUUUUGCAUUACUCAAUAAUGAAAGUCUUGGCAUACGGCAUUUGAAAGUAAAUCUAUGGAAAUAUUUAUCACAAAGAGGAUAUAGAAAAUGUAUCUAUUUAGAAUCAAACACAUUGAUUGUUGGUAAUAUUUCCAAUUUGUUUCACGAAUAUUCUGAAUUGGCCGCCAGUGUUGAUUGUUUUUUUCCCGAUUAUUUUAACUGUUCAGUGUUUGUAUUUGAACCGAAUGAACAAACAUAUCGACAGUUGAUUCAUUUUGGUUCCUCCUCUCACCGAUUUUUAUUACAAUCGAAUGCUGAUGAUGCGAGUAAAUUUGAAGAUGAUCCAUUGGAUGAAAUGACAUUAUUGAAUGAAUUUUUUCGUCCAAAAUGGAAUCGUUUAUCAUUCAUUUAUAAUUUUGUAAGAAAUGAUCUUAGCUAUACACAACAAUCGGCUUAUUUUAGAUUUGGUGAAAACAUUCGUGUGGUUAAUUUUGGUAAUUGCCGUAAUUAUCGUAUCAUAACAAACAAUCAUCAUCAACAUAAUCAUAAUAAUAAUCAUAACAAUGAAAAAAAUUUUUCAUUACAACCAUGGGACUAUAAAUUCGAUUUAAGUCGUGCAUCAUUGUUGAUCAAUAAUGAUGAUGAUGAUGAUUGCAAUAAUCCAUUCGAACAUAAUGCUAUCGAUGAUUAUGCUAAAUUUUAUCUAUUGAUUUUUGUACGAAGAGUUUGGCCUUUUAUAUCAAUGAAUCUAAUUCCAUUAAUGAUUGAAAUCCAAAACCAUGGUGAAAACCAACAUCAACGAAAUGGAUGGUCUGUUAUGGAUGUUGUAUUAUUGAUUGGUUCCCGAAUCGAUAAUGAUAAUCGAAUAUCGACAUUGUCAUCAUCAUUAUCACAGCCAUUAUUGUUAACACAUCACCGUCGUCUUAGUUGUAGUAAUUUCGAUCAAAAUCCAUUCACCUUACGCCGUAUAUCGACAUCAACAAUGAAUGAUAACAAUGAUCGAAUAUUUAAUGACAACAACAACAACAACAACAAUAAUAAUGAUACAGACAACAACGACAACGUUGUUAGGAUCAAUGUCAUUAGUAAUCAUGAAAAUCAAACGGAAAAAGAAUUUGAAUCAUCGAAUGUUCAAGAAUUUUUCAGUGAUGGUGGUGUGACUAUGACGAUCGACAACAACAAUGGUGGUGAUGAUGGAAAGGGAUAUGUUUUGAAUUUUAAUGAUAAACAUAAUACCGAAUUACAAUCUAAUCCGAUCGACACACGCCAAAUGAAUGAUGAGGAUGAGAAAAUUAUUACUGUUACCCAGAAACAAAUUGAUAACAAAAACAAAGAUGAUUGGGAACGUGGCCAAAUCGAUUGGAUGCAUCAACAUCAAUCGGACAAGAUUAUUGAUCGUCUUUUAACUAAAUUCUGAUACUAUUUAGCUUUAUCUGGAUUGGCAAAGAAAAACAAAAACAGAAACCACAAAAAAAACAUUAUUAUCUUUAUCAAAGAAAAAUG